UCUAAUUGUAAAAACAAGAUCUUUGCAUAAGUAAUCAAGAAAGUGGCUUACUGUCAACUGACCUUUAACAAUCAUUUCUGGGUGAAUGUGUAUGAAAACUAUUAUUCCAUGUGAAUUUUUGACAUUCUCAAUAAACCAACUAUUUGGAACUAUUCUUGUGUAAAAAACAAGCAAAUAAAAUAGUAGGAUUAUAAUUUAGUUAAGAUUACAUUUGGCUGAUAUCAGAUUAUAUAAAUUUAGAAAUGCCCUCUAAAAAGAAAAAGUAUAAUGCGCGGUUUCCAGCGGGUCGGAUCAAGAAAAUUAUGCAGAGUGAUGAAGAAAUUGGUAAGGUUGCACAGGCGGUUCCCGUUAUCAUAUCACGGACUUUGGAGCUGUUUGUGGAGUCACUUUUAACUAAAACGUUGCGCAUAACAAAUUCGCGAAACGCCAAAACUUUAUCACCAUCCCAUAUGAAACAGUGCAUCAUGUCCGAGCAAAGAUUUGAUUUUUUAAAAGAGCUUGUGAGGAAUAUACCAGACAUAAGCGUCGCCGAGGAAGCUGCGUUUAAUUAUAAUGACGAUGACAUACACAGCUCGGAGGAACAAUAUCCAGAUUCGGAUACGCCAUAUGACCUUAGUCUUCCGUCAACAUCACUGCGAGCGUUGCCCAACGGAAACACUCCUUAUGUGCGCUCCAUUAGUUUGAACGGAGGCGGACAAAAACGAAAUCACAAUUCAUCCACACCUUCAGUUAUAGUGCAAACAGCAGCAGCUCUGGAAAAUAUGCAUCACCAGACAGGACAUUUGCCCACGAAGCUAGCACGUUCUGAAUCAACGCCUGCGUAUACUCCGCGUGGCAGGCCACCGAACACCAAUGACCAUAACAGUAGUCGACAACCACAAGACACUGCCAUACCUGCACCAAUAUGCAGCUACGAAUUGCUGAACAAGCCUAUUGUUAAAAUCGAUUAUAGCAACGUUCAGAUGACAACAUUGGGCCCGACAGGCACUGAUACCGGCAGCACAUCUAAUGCAAUGUUAAACUUAAAUAUUUCGCCCCCAGUUAUAAAUAUUGAUCUUACAAAUAUAGUGGCAGCUGGCGCGGUACCCACCUCAGCGAAGAUUAGCUAUGGAAUAUUGCCAACAGAUAAGAUCAGCGCAAGUGGAGCCAACAAUAACUCAAUCACUAAAAUUGGGUCGUCCGUCAACUACAUCGCUGGAAAGAGCAAAACUCCAAUCAUUCCAAAGGUCCCUUCGGCAUCAGCACCAAUAAGUGAAUCGCUUUUCGAAUUAGAUGAAGACUAUGACAACAUUUAAGUAGAAUAAUAUGUACAUUAGGUUUACGUAAGCAAGUUAAUAAUUUUGGCGAAUAAAGACCAUGUUGGAUUUUUAUCUGUGAAUUAUUACAAUGUUCUCCUUAAGCCUAGUGUAUAACAAUGAGGAUUUUGGUACCAAUUUUGUAGGAAAAUAACAGAACUCUGUCGGCUUCAGCAAUUUUAUUAAUACCUCGCAAGGCAUUAACAAAAUUGUGUAGACAGCUGUGCUCCCACAGAAAGCAUUGCCAAUUUAUGCCCAAAAGCGAAACCAAAGGGAUUGAUCGGUAUCCGCCGUUAACAAAUAAUUUUAGCAAGUUAAGAUAUUUAACAUUCUCUA